UCUUUCUCUUUCCUCUCCAUUUUUCAUCAGAAAGGAGAUAAGAUAAGUUGAGAUGAGAUGAGAUGAGUGGAAUCAACAUGAAAGCCAUUGCCAUUGCCAACAACCAUCAAAAAAAGCAACAGCGAGCUCGAACUGACGACGAUCUUCAGCUCGAGUUGUUCAGGGAUGUGAAGGCGGCAUCCGUCAAGAAAUAUCUCUACCCUUAUUCUUCCGACGACAUUGACCGAUCCAUUUGUGGGUUCGAUUCUGAGAGAAUGAGGGAUUUUUCGAACGUCCUCACUGUUUCCACUAAGAUUGUGGCUGAUAAGAGCAGUCUUCUGAAUUUAGAUUUGGAGAAGAACGAGUUUAACUGGCUCUUGACACCUCCUGAUACCCCAUUGUUUGCCUCUUUGGACUCUGAACCUGCAGCAGUAAGACUCAACCUUGGGCACAGGACCAAGCUACCUAAUGGAACUUCAAGGGGAAGUUCUCGAUUCAAGCCUGAUGGAGUCACUUCAAGUUUGCAAAAUUCAAGCACAGAUCAUAACUCUGGCCAUCGAAGGAGUCAUUCAUCUGCCAAAAUUGGAAGUUCCAAGGCGCACACAAUGCCUUUAACCUCGUACAAACGUAGUUCUUCAACCCCACCUUCUAUUUCAUCACCAUCAUCAACAAAUAAAAGCAGGUCUAGCUCUAUUAGGCGCUCCACUUCAACAGGGAAGCGCUCCACCUCAACAGGGAAAGGCUUAAUUGAACGAAACUCUCGCAGUCAAGGUUCGUCGCCUGAGCUACCAAGUGCUCAUCUGAAUAACUACCGAACUGCCCACAAGUUCAGUGAUAUGGGACCUAGACAUAGGAGCCUCCCAUCUUUCCCUUGCAGAGAAGGAGCUUAUUCUUUAUGGCCAACUUCACUGAAUCACAAAAGAAUACAAAGGGAAGAUAAGAUACACACACAAACUAGAACACAGAAGGAAGAUAAGACACACACACAAACUAGAACACAUAAGGAAGAUAAGAUACACACACAAAUUAUAACACAGAAGGAAGAUAAGACGUACACACAAACAAGACCACAAAGGGAAGACAAGUUUCAUGCACAAUCAAGAAAACCAAAGGAAGAUAAGGUUCAUGCAUAAACAUGGCAGGAGAUAUUUGCAAGACAUAAAUUCGGGUAUCCUCGUGUUAAUAUGUCGAAGACAGCAGCUUACAAUUCAUCUCAGGCUUCAAGUAAUCCUGGCUUUAAUUCUUAAUUUUUACUCCACCAUGUAACUUACUUAAUCUAUAAUGUAAAUCAUCAAAAUUGU